UGUACCAGCAUACUGGAAUUUAAUUUCGAAACCAUCGCUACUCACAUACUUAAAGCAUUUGGCAGAGACGACAAAAGGUUCACUUCAGAAGGACAAAAUUCAAUCUCAAUACGUUUCGGAACUUACUAUAAUCAAACGAAGUUAUAAGGAAAUGGAUGAACAAUGCAAAAUAACCGUAGAAGCUUUAGGAAAUUUUGCGAAUGAAAAGGUAUCGGAGGAAGUCCAAGAGUUCUGGGAAGACAAAAAGCUGGAUCAGCAACUCAAUAUAUUAAAUAAAAAAAGAAAAAUAGUCGAGGCUGAAGGUAUUGUGGAUUUUUUGCAAACGGGAAACGAACGUUUAAACGAUACGUCGAAGAUGGUUCAUAAGUCUCAGUUAAAUUUUUUGGAAAGGAAUGAAGCAAAAAAAUCCAGAAUUGAUGAACAAGAAAAAGAAGCGGAGGAUGCUAAUAAGCUAAAAAGGUCUCCCCUUUUAGGGAUGUCCGGAAAGUCGGAAACUGCACAAAUAAAUGCGGAUAACAAACCAUAUAAUUUAAGAGAAAGAGGAAAUAUUAAUUACAACGAAGAAUGUUUGUCAAAGAAGCAAUGUGGAUACACUACACCUUCCCCAGGCAGUCCAACAUUACAUCCAUUGCCAAUGGAUAACUCGUUUAGUGAGAAAGAGAAUGAAGACGAAAGUGAGUACGAGGAUUGUGUCAUAAUAAUUAAUGAUGUAGAUGAACUUUGCUUUAAGGAUGGGGAUCCAGAAAAUGAUCUUAAGAUAGGAGAUACUAAUGUUUCUCAGUUAUUCCGAGAAUACCAAAAUGAAUCAGUAAUGAUUGCAAAGACUGAAGGUCUAUUUGUUGAAUCAAAUGUACACGAAAUAUUGUCACUGUCUUCGAUUUUUCUGCUUGCCCCAGGUUCUCAUUCAAAUACGAUGAUCAAUAUAUUUGGUUCUCCUUUACUCAAUGAAAUUUACCAACAAAUCGCUCCAGCACAACAAAUAGAACUAAGUUCAGAGUGUGAGACAAAAUUUAGAAAAGCGAUUAAGCAAGCGACUAAGGAGUCACGUCAAAAGGCCAUAAAAUUGUUAUUAACGGAACUUUCAAAUGAUGAAACUCUGGAUGAAAACUUGGGUUCUGUGAUAUUGAAAGGUCUGGAAAUGUUGCCUAGUGAUAGGCUUAGAAAUGAACCUAGCGAGAUCACACUUAUCACAAAUUAUUUGGACUAUAUAAUGAAAGGUGCAUUUCAUGAUGCUGACAAACAUAUUGUCCAGUGGCCAAACACAGCUUUGAACGAAAGUAAGGCAAGAAAGUUCAGGGGACGAACCAAGCAACCUGAUUUUGUGGUCUCAAUUGUUCACCAAUUUCAAACAGUCGCUAAUAUUUUCAUAGGGGAGGUUAGUCCUCCAUCACAAAAGACAAAUGUAUAUAAAAAUUGUUGUGACUUAAUCCGACUUGGUGUCUUUAUGAAGGACUGCAUGGACUUCGCAAUAGAGAAAGGUGCCGAUAUUAAUGUAAUCGGCUUUCAAUGUGUUGGUCAUACAAUCGAUUUUUAUAUGAUCGAUCUUGUUGAAGGAAUUUAUGUCAUGGUCCACGUUGGCCAAGUUUCAGUUCCUGCAUCGUUAAAAGAAAUGUUAUCCUUCGUUGAUCAAAUUGAAAUACUUUUGGACAUACGAGAAAUUUUCAAAAAAUCCUUUAAUAUUUUGUACGAUAAGCUCUGCAAUCCAAAUUUACC